AUGAUCUUCGAGCCGCAGUCCCUGCUGGACCACGCCGUGACCCUCGGCAUCAUCACGCCGCAGGUCAUCCGGCAAGCUGGACCUGUACGCGGAACCAUUGCGCUUCUGAAACUUCUUUUCGUAUUCUGUAGGCUUCCUCUUCCUCACCUCGACAGUCUUGAUAGCUUCCUUCUUAUUCUGACCUUGUGUGAAAAAAACAACAAAAAAGUUCCCAAAGCUACCCUCCAACUAGUGUGGACGCGAUACCUGACGGCGCGCAAGAACCGGCCGCUGUACGUGCAGCAGGCCAACAUUGCCGAGGACCUUGCACUGCGCCUGCUGCGCUGGUCCGCCGUCAACUUACACCCGCGCGUGCUGCGCGCCGUCACGGACCGCCCAGCCGCGGCGCAAGUCAUCAAGUGGCGCGCGUACCGCAACGGCUGGACGAAGUAUGAUGAGCAGGUGGAGGAAAAGGUCCUGGAAGAGGGCCCCGAGAAAACAGAGGGCAUCUGGGUCAGACAUGACAGGACCAAGAGGCACGACAUUAUCCUCUUGUAUAUACACGGUGGCGGCUACGCUGUGCUCUCGGCCAAGUUCUACCUCGAGUUCCAGCUCGCGGUGCAGAGCAGCUUGCUCGAGGCGGGCUACGAGAACCCGGCCAUCUUCAGCCUCGACUACACGCUGGCACCGGACAAGCACUUCCCGGGACAGCUCAACGAGGCCGUGCUAGCCUACAAGGAGGUCCUCGCAGCGGCCGACCCCGACACAAAAAUUUGCGUGGGCGGCGACUCGGCGGGCGGUAUGCUGACGCUGACGCUGCUGCAGGAGCUCGCGGCGCGCAAGCUGCGCGACGAGCCUCUGCGGCACCCUGACCUGGGCCUGCUCAUCUCGCCGUGGGUGACGCUAAAGACACACCUGCACCGGCGAUCUAGCCUCGACUACAUCCAGCCAGACACGCUCGCACGCUUCGCCGAGCUAUAUACGGGCGGCGGGGGGGUUGGACUGUACCAGGCGCCCGCAUCGCCGGGCAGCUGCCAGGAUGAGGGCAUUUGGGAGGCGGCGCGGCCGGGGCGCGGCUACAUCGUGACGUACGGCGAGGAGGAGGGGCUGGCCGAUGACAUCAAGUACCUGAUUCAGCACCAGAAAUCACGCGGCACCGAGGUGCGGGUGCUAAUGGACGCGGGCGGCGUGCAUGUGUGGCCGGUCGUUUCGCUGCAGUUUUGCACGACCAAGGAGCGGCGCGUGUUAGGAAUCCAGUCUAUAGUCAGAGAAAUUAGAAGCGCGUUGGCAUAA